AUGUUCAAAGCCCUUAUGGGCGGGGGCCGAAGUACGGUCAGCUCUAGCUCAAAGAGUAGCCGCCGCCGAGCCGAUUCCACGAAAUCUUCCCAUAGCCGCAAAUCCUCACGGGGUGACGACCGUGAUCGUGGUUUAGAAGAUGCGCCUUACUCCCCCUCGGCCUCAGGCAGCAGACGUGGUCCGCCCAGUGCUGCCGGCGAUUCUGUCGCAUCCUCCUAUGUGACCGCUGAACCGGAAUCUAUGAUCAGUCCCGACCGUAUCAUUGAACGAACCCCAAAACGAAGAGAUAGCGAUCGAGAAAGUAAGAGCUCUCGCCGCCGUGCCCGCGAUCGAUCUGAGAGCCGAGAGCGUGAUAUGCGGAAUAGUAGUCGAGCGAUUGAUGAAGGAAUGGUCGAGGAUCGGGAUGACCAGCGCGACCGUCGCGAGCGCCAGCGCACACAACCUGGAGCUCCCUAUGUUCCACCAAUCUCUGCAUCCAUGUCGCCAAGCGCACCGGUUGCGCAGUUUGCUACGGACAUGGGUGCGCCUGGUUUCUCCCAAUUCCCUGGCCAAUAUGAUCAUCCCGCCGUGUCAGGAUCUGGAUCCCCUCACCAUAAUCCCUCACCGGCACCAUAUGAUCCACAUGUACAGCAGCAAUUCCCUGGUCAGUUCCCAACUGAGGUGGCAGCACCGUAUUUUCCUCCUAAUAAUCCUGCAGGUGCGGCAGCGGACUACUAUGGCGAUCAAGGCCAGUCUGUUUCUGAACAGCCGGGCAUUCGACCUCACAAGCCGGAGAUUAUUCCUAACAGCCAGGCACAUUUGAUGGCCGCUUCCCCGAUUGCGAACCCUCCGCCGGAGCCAAGCAGUAUUGGUCAGGUUGGCGCCGCCGCUUCUUAUUUUGAUGAUGAUUUUCAAGUUCCCGAGGCACCACCGAAGAUUUCUUCCAAGCCGCCAAAGCCUGGAAAGGUGUCUUCGAAGCCCUCCAGACCUUCAUCGCAGCUAAGCAAGCCUCCUUUGUCAGGUGCUGCCCCGUCUGUUGCUGCUGCCGCCGCAGCUGGAGCUGCUGCUUAUGGAAUGAGCAGUGGUAUGUCUUCAUACCAGAGUCACAGCGAAUCUCAAACCGAGAUCACAACUGCCCAACACUCUACUUCGUACUCGCAGCCGGCUGGUCCAAGUACCAGCAAACCUCCUCCCCCUCAGUCACAUGGCAUCGGCACUGGUUUUGGUCUUGCGGCUGCAGGUGCAGCUGCAGGAUAUAUGCUUGGUCAUGAACAUCAUCCCGCUAAUACUGGAGCUCAGCCCCAAUGGCAGGUUCAGAACUUUGAUCAGCCAUCUCCAUCCGGGAUGCCCCUUCAAGAAUCCCCAUCCGCAAUGCCUCUCCAAGUCCUGCCGGAUAUGCCAUGCAAAAUCCCGGGUUUUACCCCCCAUGGCACUGGUGCCCUUGCUAUGCGACAUCGCCCCCAGGGUCCAGUGUCAAAGUUUGCAGACUUCUGGCGUGAUCCCGAAGGUGUCGGUCGGUUUGAAGACUACACAGAAACCAUUGGUGUUUGCAAGUAUUGCUUUGAACCGGGCACGACUUCCCUUGAUGCGCCUCGCAAGCAUCACUACCAUGCCCGCCGUCACUCUUCUGAUCGCUACAGCAGUAGCAGCUCUUCUCGGGUGGACAAGCUUAGUCGAUACCAUUCCUCCGAGGAUGAAAGUCGUCGUCGCAAAAGAUCAAGCCGAUCAAAUAAGUCUUCUUCUUGGCUUCCUGGAAUGCUGGCUGGGGGUCUCUUUGCUGGCAAAGAAUUCAAGGACUCUUACCGCGUUCGCUCUAGCACUUCUCAAGAUGAUCGUGUUUCUUAUGACACCGAGUCCGUCUCCGUCUCCGACCGCAGGAGUUAUACCUCACGAGGUGUUGUCCGCCGAGCUGGCUCAACUCAUGAACAGUACUACUCCGACUCAAAGCAUUCUCGCCAGAACCGCUCACGAUCCCGGUCGCGAUCAUCCUCUCAGUCCGGUCGCCAUUCUUCUCUUAAAGAGGCAGCGCUGGGUGCUGCUGUGGGUGGAGCUGCUGCGCUAGCUGUUGCAAAAUCACACCAGCGGUCCCGUAGUCGUUCUCCAUCCCGAGUUCAACGGCGAAAAGAAUCUUCCUCCAGUUCGUCUUUUCUUGAUGUUUCCCGGCCUACCAAAUCCGGUGGUGGCUUUACCUCUUUUUUUCUUGCAUCUUCUGAGAACCGCAAAAAGAAGCGGAGCAAGCGCAAAGGAUUCUUCUCUUUCAACAGCUCCUCUUCCUCAUCUCUUGAUGCGGAUCUUGCCUUUGGUACUGGUUUCUUGAAGAAGGCCAAAGCUAGAAAGUCUAAGAAAGAAGGAAAAAAGAAAAAGGAAGAAGAUGUUGAUGCAGCUCUCCUGGGAUUGAGUGCAACAGCCACAGCUCUUGCUGCUUCUAGUGCUUCUCGUCGCACCACUGGCCAGAUUCUUGCCUCCAGAGAAUCUCGUUCCCGUCAUUCUAACUACGCUUCCUCAGCCUAUGAAGAUGAAGAGUGGAUUGAUGAUGAAUCAGAGAGUCAAACCUCCGAUAGUGUUGAGUCCGCUUUAGCAUUUGGAGGCAGCAGUGCUGACUCCAGUUCUGACUCAGGCCGUGGUGGUUGGAGCUUCUUUGGUCUCAACAAGAAAAAGAGCAAGAAGGACAAGAAGAAGAGAUCUUCUGCUACUGACGCCGCUCUUGCUGCUGGUGCUGGAGCCCUUGGAGCCGCAGCCAUUACUUCUAUUGCUCACCAUCGUGACAGUCGUGUUUCAAGCAGUGAUGGAAGUCUCCAACAAGUCUACCCAGUUGCUACUGGUGAUCCUACUCGAUUUGAUGCAACCCAUGUCUCUCCCUCAGUUGUCUCAGCAGAUCAAGCUCCGCUCGUCCGUCCUGGUCCUAUUCCUCUUCAGCAACCUCAGCCUGUUACUCCCGUUUCUCAAGCCGUGUACACUACACAGGGAGGUCUACCUGGAUCUAUUCCUGCUUACGCUACCUCUGAAAUACCUCCUAUCUUCCAACAUGAUCGUGAUCCUCGUCGUAUCCAUCAACGCAGUGACUCUUUCCCCGUUUUCCCUACCCAGGAGCCUUCAUUCUCUGCUCUCAAGCGCCGAUCUACUACUAAGGAUGUCUCGUUUGCAUUGACAGAUGAACAGACUAUGCAGCAGAGUCGUCGUGAAAGAAAAUCAAGGGAUCAAUUCGAUCAAGCUGUUCAAUUGAUUGAUGUUGAAGAAGAGCAGGCCAAGCAAGAGAAGGCAAGACGAGAGUAUGAACGUCGUGAAAUUGAGCGCCAAGAACUGGAGCGCCGAGAAUUGGAGCGCCGUGAAAAUGAACGUCGUGAUCUUGAGCGUCGUGAUCUUGAGCGCCGCGAACUUGAGCGCAGAGAGUAUGAGCGUCAAGAAUUUCAGCGCCAAGAAGCUGAGCGUCAAGAGGUGGAACGCCUGGAAGCCGAGCGCCAAGAGCUGCGUCAUCGCGAACAAGAGGAUGAAGAGCGUCGCAUUCGUGAGGCUGCCAAAGAAAAAGAAUCCUCUCGGAUGAAAGACAUUGCUAUUGGUGCUGUGGGCGGUAUUAUUGCCGAUACCGUCAUGUCUCAUGAGGCAGAUGAUGCAGCUGCUUCUGAGGCUAGUUCAGACCGUUACAGCAAGCGCCGAGAGAAGCGUCGCAAGGAGCGAGAGCAAAGCCGCCAAGAGAUGGAAUCAUCAGUCAUCACUCGCACGGAUGUUGUUGUGCCUGUCGAUGAUGUCCCCUCUGUGGAGCAUGAAGUAGACCCUAGGAUGAGUCCGUCUCGUCGCAGCCCUCGGUCCUCCCCUGUUUAUGAAAGCUAUGCCGACUUCUAUGCCCCGCAGGAGCUCCGCCAUAGCCCCGAUCACGAUACGCACUCCACAGAUCAGCCUUCAAUUGUUGAAGUGGUACCUGCAAGUGAGCGUCGCGAUCGUCAACAGAUUAUUUUCUCUGAUGAGCUUAAAAACGGUCCACUUUUCGGCCCAGAGCCAUAUGAGAAUCGUGCUCUUCCUUGGGAAGUCCCUUCACUCUGCCUCAUCAAGCCUACUCCUGAUCAGAGUGUGAAUGGUUCUGUGACUGGCGCAGCAUCACCAAUUGGACAAAAUGUGGUUACCGAGGACCCUGAGCGUGAACGACAGCGUGAGCCAGAGCCAGAGCCUCAGCCUGAGCCCCAACCCCAGUCACAAGCCGAGCCUGAAGUUGAGCCUGCACCCGAGCCUUUGGAGUCACCUGACCCUCUUUAUGAAGAUUGGUUCAUCAUUUCCUCCAAGGACCGAAAGAAGCGUGAAAAGGUGUUGAAACGCAAGGGUCUUCCUAUUCCUGGAAAGGAUGGCUUUGAGCUACCCUCUGAUAACGCGCCUGAGCCCGAACCUGAGGUCGUAGCUGAGUCUGAAUGGAAACCCCAACGCUCUACUACUGGCUCUCGGGUCUCCUGGGGUCAUGACAAAACUCACGAAUAUGAAGUUCUUUCCUCAUCUGAGCAUGAACCCACCGAUCACGACAUCUCUCCAUUUGAGGACUCUCCCAAGGAGUUCUCUGUGGCUGAAUCUACUGAAAAGUCGAAGAGUUUCAGUGAAAGACAGAAUUUUGGAGAGGACAUUGAAUUCGCAGCCAUUCUUGCUGCUGGAACCCAAGCAGCUGGAUUUGAUUCUUCGGUUGUCCUGAAUGAUCCUAAGUUCCAUACCCGCACUUCACCUCCCGGAUCAGAGGAUGAGGGAACUUUCUCUUCUCGCUCGAAGUGGACUGAAGAGCAAAGUCAGCCGCAAGGAUUUGUUGUGAGUGAGAUUGAGAGUGAGAAACCUAGUCUGCCUGCAGAUGUUCAAGCAAUUGAGCGGCAUGUUACUCAGGGCGAGCCAUUUUAUUCCGAGCCCUUGCCUCUUGCCAAGGAUACCUCCUCUCUAGUAGAGUCUCGCGAGCCCACGUCAAUAGCUGAAAAGGUCAUGGAAGAGCUGAAUGCAAAGAGUGACCGUCCUGCCUACGCUGAGAACGAUGUCUUCUCUAUGCCUGGUGGAUUUGACACCCCUGAGGUCUUUCGCGAUCUCGCCCAGUACCGUGAUGAUUCUCGCUCUGUUUUCUCUGCUCCUGUCGAGAGAGAAGUCGAGACGUCGACAAAGUCCAAGAAUUCCCGUCGCAGUGGCGAUAAAUUUGAGUUACUCCGUGAUGUUGCUGCUCCUGCUGCUGCUGCAACCGCCGCAGCGAUUGCUGCCGAGAGCGUUGAUCACCAUGAAGAAGAGGAGAAAGACAGGAAGAAGCAUCGCAAGCGUCACUCUAAGCGUGACAGUGAGACAUUCUCUCUCCCCGACGAUAAUGAUGAUGCCCGGUCUACAGUGACCGUUGAUGAUAAUGAAGAAAAGUCCGAACGCCGCAGACGUCGUCACCGCUCCUCUCGCGAUAGUGAUGUCGCCUCCGUUCGUGAUGAUAAUGAUGAUACCCGCUCUGUCGUAACCGUUGAUGAUGGGGAAGAGAGAUCCGAGCGUCGCAGACGCCGUCACCGCGACAGCGAUACUUUCUCAGUUCGCGAUGAGGACGAUGACGAAAAAUCUGAGCGUCGUCGACGCCGUCACCAUUCCUCCCGUGACAGUGACAUUGUCCCUGUAGACGAUGAUGCUGCCUCUGCGGUGACUGCUCCUGAGCUUGAUGGAAACUCCGAGCGCCGCAAGCAUCGUCAUCGCUCUUCUCAUGACAGUGGGUUCGAUGACGCUGCCUCUAUCACUUCUUCUCCUGCCAGAAUUGAUGAGCGGGAGAAACGCCGAGAAAAAGAUGACAAACAGAAGUCUAGUAAUAUUCUACGCAGUCUUUUUGGCUCUCGAGUCUCGACUACGGAGAAGCGUUCGUCUUCGCGUACAUCUUCUCGAUCUUCUUCAGUAGACAAGCGUCCUUCUCGUGAUGCUGUUUCUGAAGCUGGUGUUGAUGAAGAGAGACGCCGGCGCAAGAAGCAUCAUCGUCAUCACAGCUCCAGUGGAGACAAGUAUGAUGACUAUGACUCUGACAAGGUAAGCGUGAAGAGUGAAGCAAAUCUGGAGGAGUACAGAUCCAAGAGACAAGAGAAGGAAGAGAAGCGUCGACAACGCUAUGAAGAUAUUGUCGAUUCGGGGCGCCGCCGGGAAUCUGAGAAGGUAUAA